AUGUUACCCAUAAACCUCCACAAUCCCGCCAUGAAGCUGGUCUCAAUUUCAAUGUUGGAAGGGGUUUCUAAAAAAUUAGUUGCCUCCAAGCUAGUAUCAAAUAUUACAAAAAAUGGAGCGCUUGUUAAUAAAAGAAGUUAUUCGAAUAAUUCCUUGGUUGCUUCUCCAGGUAUUGCCUUUAACCCACCAAAGCUCUUCUUUAACAACCCUUAUGACCUCAAAUCCUUCUAUCCUAAAUCUUCACUUUUGAGAAGAUCUCUUUCAUCCACAACAAGUGUCUCCGCUGGUCCAACUAUUAAUGGAGGGAAUCACUCCAUCCUUGCCCAGAAAGAGCAGCAAGCGAAUGCCAACCUCGGCAACCCCGACUUACAAGCAGACUUCUAUAGAUCCUUGAUUACUUCAAACUAUCCUGAUAUUGUGAUUUCCAGAUUCGAAUCUCCGAACAUUGCUUCAAAUAAUGAAUGUUUACAAAUUUAUGCCCAGGCUUUGGAAAUGAUUGGUAAUCAUGCGAAGGCCGCUGCUGUCAGAAACUCCGGCUUGGGAAAUAACGCCGCCAACUUUGUUAAUGGUGCCCCUGGUGUGGGUGGAUUUGGUCUUAGCAUGACCGGAACUAAAAUUCAGCCUAUUCAUGUGAUUGUCGAUGAAUCCUUUUUGACUAUUUUUUUGAAAAGCAUCAGGUGGAUCCUUCCUAUUGCAGUUUUUAGUUUCAUUGCUUACGAAGUUUACUCAGGAUUGGGUGAUGCCGGAGGAAUAAUCAGAUCUGAGUUUGAAGGAUCUAAGACCCUUGAAGUGGCCAAGAGUGAUGUCAGAUUCUCGGAUGUUAAAGGAUGUGAUGAAUCCAAGGCCGAAUUAGAAGAAAUUGUCGAGUUCCUUAAGGAUCCUUCAAGAUUCACUAGCCUCGGUGGUAAAAUGUGCAAAGGGAUCCUUCUUACUGGUCCACCUGGUACCGGUAAAACCUUGUUAGCCCGUGCGGUUGCCGGUGAAGCUGGGGUUCCAUUCCUUUUUGUUUCUGGUUCUGAAUUUGAUGAAAUGUACGUUGGUGUCGGUGCCCGUCGUGUUCGUGAUUUGUUCACCCAAGCAAAGGAAAGAUCUCCUUGUAUUAUCUUCAUUGAUGAAUUGGAUGCUGUUGGCUCAAAACGUCAUUCUAAAGACGCUGCCCAUAUGAGACAAACUCUUAAUCAACUUUUGGUUGAAUUAGAUGGAUUUCAACAAAACUCUGGAGUCAUUGUCAUUGGUGCCACUAAUUUCCCUGAAAGUUUGGAUAAGGCUUUGACUCGUCCUGGUCGUUUUGAUAAACUUGUGACUGUUCCUUUGCCAGAUAUUCGUGGUCGUACUGAAAUUUUGAAGCAUUACGUUUCGAAAAUUGAACUUUCUCCAUCGGUUGAUGUGUCUUUAAUUGCUCGUGGUACUACUGGUAUGCUGGGUGCUGAACUUUCCUCACUUGUCAACCAAGCUGCCGUCCAUGCAUCUCGUCAAAACGCCCUUUGUGUUGAUUUGUCUCAUUUGGAAUGGGCAAAAGAUAAGAUUAUGAUGGGUGCUGAACGUAAAUCUAUGGUUAUGACUGAAGAAACUCGUAUGGCCACCGCCUAUCAUGAAGCUGGACAUGCUCUUAUGGCCAUGUAUACACCGGAUGCUUUCCCAUUAUACAAGGCUACCAUUUUACCAAGAGGUCAGGCGUUGGGUAUCACUUUUAUGUUACCAGAGACUGAUCAGAUUGAUUCCACCAGAAAGCAAUACUUGGCAAGAAUGGAUGUUGCUAUGGGCGGUAAAAUUGCUGAAGAAUUGAUUUUUGGAUUGGAUGGGGUCACUUCUGGUUGUGGCAGUGAUUUACAAAAUGCCACUAGUGUUGCUAAAAAUAUGGUGAUGUAUGCUGGUAUGGCUACUAAAUUAGGACCAGUUCAACUUUCUGGUGAUAUCGGUUCUUGGUCUCAACGAACUAGAGAAAAAGCUGAAGAUGAAAUCAUUGACUUGCUUAAACAAAGUGAAUCUAGAGCGAGAAAGGUGUUAAUUGAAAAGAAGAUCGAAUUAGAAAGAUUAUCAUUGGCGCUUAUGCAAUAUGAAACUUUGAACAAGGAGGAAAUGGCCAAAGUGAUUAAAGGCGAGGUUAUUGAUAAGGAGAAAGUGUUUACUGAUGAAGAAUUUAUCUUGAAAUUACCACAUAAGAGAAAGAAGAUCGGCGAAGGGGUUGUUAGUGUUGGUGAUGUUGCCAUGGCCACCAGUGAUAAUAAGGGAAAACCUGUUAAUAUUGGUGAUAAAAAAAGUGAAAAGUGCGAUGACAAUAAUAAUGGCAACGAUCCAGACAAACCGGAACCUGUUAGAGUAUAA